AUGACCAGUCCCUCCUCUACCCCCAACAUGACCGCUUCACCCGCCCGAACCUCCAGCCUCCUCACCAACCUCACCGCCGUAACCGCCCGCAUCAGCACAGCCGCAGCACACGCCCCACCGCCGAGCAAGCCCGUACGACUGGUCGCCGUCUCAAAGCUCAAGCCGGCCUCGGACAUCCUGGCCCUGCACAGCGCGCCGGCCUCGCAGCAGCACUUUGGCGAGAACUACCUGCAGGAGCUAUUGGAGAAAUCGCGCAUUCUGCCGCCGACUAUCAAAUGGCAUUUCAUUGGCGGUCUACAGUCCAAUAAAUGCGUGACGCUGGCUCGUGACGUGCGCGGCCUGUGGGCCGUGGAAAGUGUCGACUCGGAGAAGAAGGCUGGGUUGUUGGAUAAGGGCUGGGGUGAGCGUCCACCACUCGAUGCCAAUAAUACCAGCAUUGAGCAGCGGCAGCAGCCGGCUGCUGCCGCUGAAGACGCACGUCUCCGCAUCUACGUCCAGAUCAACACCUCCGGCGAAGAAAACAAAGCCGGCAUCGACCCCACCGCCGCACCCGCCCUCUGCCGCUACAUCCGCGACAAGUGUCCCCGGCUCCUGCUGCAAGGCGUCAUGACCAUCGGCGCCAUCGCCCGUUCGCAAGCAACCACCCCGGAGAACGAGAACGAGGAUUUUCUGCGUCUGCGCGAGACCCGCGAUCACAUCGUCGCCGAGCUGGGUCUGUCCGGGCCCGACGCCACCUUGGAACUGAGUAUGGGCAUGAGCCAGGAUUUCGAGGGCGCUAUUACCCUGGGCAGUGAUCAGGUUCGUGUUGGGACUACUAUCUUUGGGGAUCGGCCGCCGAAGGCUCAGGCGGUGGUUUGA